AUGUCUCGGCCUCCCCGCUCUCCCCAGCAUCCAUCCAUCAUCGAUGUUCUGAGUCGAUCUUUCAAAUCCCUAACCAAGAUGGAGUCCCUUGCCGCUGUGGAAACGAAUACUCUGUCUCAACAAGUACUGGAAUACACAUUAAAUACUGAUGGGCUAGAUACCUCAGGCACCACAGGCAUGUACACAACUCACCAGCAGCAGCAGUUCUUACAACAGUUGAAGGGCAAAGCACAAAAGCAAGCCCAUACAACUGCCAAUGAUACUGGUGUAUCACUCUCAACCCCUGGAGCCUCCAAGCUUCUGAUGUUCAUCAUUGCAGCUAAAGAAUUUUCAACGCCAGUAGCCUACGGACUAGCCAACAAAUUCAACAAGCUUGAGGUUGAGGAGCAGGCCAAGCAGUUCCUGGAUGCUUCGGAUGUUUCUCUCACAACUGGAACCAAAGCCAAGGCGGACGUUAAAUACAAAGCAGAGCGUCUGCUUGAUGGUGAAGAAGCUUGCUUUAGCUUUAGAGUUCCUGAGCAGGGGUAUAAACAUGGAAUUUUCGAUCUACUAUGUGCUUCUUUUGUGGCAAACGCGGCGAUUGACUUGGCGAAGCGGAUGUUUGAAGGUAUCCAGAAUCUCCUUGAAAAAUAUGGCAGAUUCGGAAAGUUUAUAAACGCCACGUACGCAGUCUAUUAUGAUAAGAAACACGACGAGCGCCUGGGGUUUCACGAACAGCCAGUCGACAGGAUGGACUUCCGCGUGUACAACCAGGCCGAGCAAUGUCUGUGUACCCGACAUAUUUGGUGUCGAGGUCGUUAG